UUUACUGUUAGGGAACACCAAGAGCAAUUCGGGAACAAGAAGAGUCAGGGAUUGAGUGUAGUGACUGAAACACGUGAUUACUUUACGUCAUGAAAGUCCAGUCAGCUGAGCCGAUAUUUCUUUCGGUAAUUGUCAUUCGGCGGGAAGAGUGAACGCUAGUUCAAACACAUCUUAGUUUUUAUAUAAUUUGUGAAGACAUUUAUAAGGGAUUUUGAGUGGAUAUUAACUAUGAUUAUAUCGUGUUAAUGUUUAAACAGUUAUUUCUAUUUAUAAAGAACAAUAUGCUGAUUUUCAUUGUCAGUAUUUCAUUUUUAUGGACUGUCAUUACAGCCAAUUCAUCUUUUAUGAACUAUGACCGAAGAUUGACAGUCAACUUACAGUCUUCUCUCUCCCUCGACCCUUCUAAGGACGUGGGAAUUCUGCUGAAAGAGCUGAUGCCACGUCGAAGGCUACGUGAGGAGCAUGUUCUGCUUACCAUUGAUUUUCCAGGCACAGACCACGAAUUCACGUUUCUUCUUGAAAGAGCGAGGGGUAGAGUUACUAUUGCGACGAAAGAAUGGGGCAGAGUUCGUAUGCAACACUUACCUGUGGAAGGUUUGAGUGAAAGGAGCUAUCAUCGUGGUCUCUAUCUGCACGUUACACCCAGUUCUGCCGAUGAUAUGUCAAGGAUGCAAAUCUACUUAGAUUGUAAAUGGCAGGGUUACUUCAUGAUGCCAUUGUCUUUAUUCCAGAUGGCCAAAGAAGCCGCAGGAAAUAAAAUAAGAGCGGAAAGAGAUCGAAAGGUAAAGGUACAAGUUAUUCGAAAUUCUAACUUACAGAAGUCUCUGGAUGAAGCGGGUUGCCCACCUCCGGAAACACAAGCCAUCCAACCUACUGCAGAAUUUUACGGCAUUAAUGGAGAUGCAGAACAAUUGCUAAGAUACCUGAAAGAGUUGACGUCAGUUCUAAAGGAUAUGCGGAGAAAUAUCGAUACACAGACAAGAGAGACGAAACUUCUGAGAGAUACACUGGAAAGAUGUGAAAUGUGUCGAAUACACAAACAUUGCCGUGAUAAUCCAUGCUAUCCCGGUGUACAGUGUGCUGAUUCUGCUGACGGAUUCCGUUGUGGAUCAUGUCCUAGAGGAUAUUCUGGUGAUGGAGUGCGAUGUGAAAAAGUAACUACUUGCAAUGACCGACCAUGCUAUCAAGGUGUAGCCUGUUAUGACAUGGAAACUGGAUAUCGAUGUGGACCAUGUCCACCUGGCUAUACUGGUGAUGGCGUGAGCUGCAAGCCAGCGAAUCGCUGCUCAGAAAAUCCAUGUUGGCAGGGUGUACAGUGUGUGAACAUCGACACUUCUCCAGGUUAUAUUUGUGGACCUUGCCCUCAAGGUUUUUCCGGAAACGGCACUUUUUGCGAAGAUAUUGAUGAAUGUAAAGUUGCAAGACCUUGUCAUCCACAAACAACUUGUUUAAAUGUCGCUCCAGGAUUUCGAUGUGGUCCAUGUCCAGCCGGAUUUACAGGAAGAGAAGUGCAAGGAAUUGGUAUAGAAUAUGCCAGAACUAUCAGACAGGUUUGUGUAGACAUUAAUGAAUGUGACGAUGGUCGAAAUGGAGGUUGUGUUGAAAAUUCUCAAUGCGUAAAUGAAAUGGGUACAUUUACUUGUGGCGAAUGUAUUGAGGGUUUUGUAGGAAAUCAAACGAGUGGUUGCCACCCUCAUCCGGGGAUGUGUCCAGAUGGAACAAUUUGCGAUGGCAACGCUGACUGUGAGUUAAGGAGAGGUCUAGUUAGAUAUCAAUGUAAGUGCCGAGUCGGAUGGGCAGGAGAUGGCAAAAUCUGUGGACCAGAUAAAGAUUUGGAUGGAUGGCCAGAUGUUGAACAACCUUGUUCUGGAGAUAGAUGCAAGGCUGAUAAUUGUCCCGACAUCCCCAACAGUGGCCAAGAAGAUGCAGAUAAGGACGGGAUUGGAGAUGCUUGUGACGAGGAUGCCGAUAACGAUGGAAUCAUCAACAAUCCGGACAACUGUCCCUUGGUUCCAAAUCCAAAUCAAGAAGACACAGAUGUUGAUGGUCCAGAUAGAUUGGGUGAUGUUUGCGAUAAUUGCCCAACGAUUCCAAAUGCCGAUCAAAUUGACGCAGAUGGUGAUGGUAUCGGUGAUGCCUGCGAUCCUGAUGCAGAUGAUGACGGUAUUCCAAAUGUAGUGGACAACUGCCCACAUACACCCAACGGAGAUCAACAAGACUCGGAUGAUGACGGUGUUGGAGAUGCCUGCGACAAUUGCCCAUCUGUUGCCAACCCUUUACAAAUAGAUACUGAUAAAGACAAUAUUGGUGAUGACUGUGACAGCAACAUCGACAGAGAUCAAGAUGGCAUACAAGAUAACGUAGACAACUGUCCAGACGCACCAAAUAGUGAUCAAUUGGAUACCGAUGAAGAUAAGAAAGGCGAUGUUUGCGAUUUCGAUAAAGAUAAUGAUGGAGUCCCUGAUCAUAAAGAUAACUGUCCUCUAGUUUACAACCCUGAUCAAAAAGAUUCAAACAAAACUGGAGUGGGUGAUGUUUGUCGAGAAGAUUUUGACGGUGACAGCGUUCCCGAUUACCUGGACGUGUGCCCUGAUAACAGAAAAGUUUACGCCACUGAUUUCAGGGCAUAUCAAACAGUGGUUUUAGAUCCAGAAGGUGAUUCUCAAAUCGAUCCACAUUGGGUGAUUUAUAACAGAGGAGCCGAAAUUGUACAAACAAUGAACAGUGAUCCAGGUUUAGCCGUUGGUUUUCAUGCUUUUGGUGGAGUAGAUUUUGAAGGUACAUUUUUCGUGGACACAGAAAUUGACGACGAUUAUGUUGGAUUCAUUUUCAGCUAUCAAGAUAAUUCCAAUUUCUAUGUUGUUAUGUGGAAGAAAAGCACACAGACUUAUUGGCAGGCAACACCAUUUCGAGCAGUAGCUGAGCCUGGUAUACAAUUAAAGUUAGUAAAAUCAUCUACGGGACCUGGACAAAUGCUAAGAAAUUCUUUAUGGCAUACAGGGGAUACAGAUAAACAAGUCAAACUACUAUGGAAAGAUCCAAGAAAUGUUGGUUGGAAAGAGAAGGUGGCUUACAGGUGGUUACUUUUGCACAGACCCCAUAUAGGACUAAUCAGGCUUCGAAUCUUUGAAGGAGAAAACAUGGUAGCAGAUUCAGGAAAUAUAUUUGAUAAUAAAUUAAAAGGAGGUAGAUUAGGAGUAUUUUGUUUCUCACAGGAAUCUAUUAUCUGGUCUGAUUUAGUCUAUAGAUGUAAUGAGGCUGUUCCAGCAGCUGUUUAUUACGAUUUACCUAGGAUACUGCAAGGAAAAGUAGAUAUCGAUACAACCAGACCAUCAGACAUAGUCCAAAUCGGUCGAAGAACUGCAGCUCUCACAGCUUUGACGGAAACUUCAAAAAAAAGAUACCGAAAUCUAAGACAUGGAAGAUAAAAUUGAGGCAAAAAUGAAACGCAAUUAAGAGAUGAAAAUAAAAACGUGAAAUUGUAAAAAUAUGUAUCUAUUCAUCACAGAAAAAAGCAGCUUACAUAAACUCAUUGUAAAUUAUUUUACAAUAAGUGCAUCUGCAAUGCAAAACACAAUGGAUGAACUGAGAGAUAAUUUGAGAACUAUAAUAAGUUGAACUUUAUUGCUACAAUGGCAGCUUAUCAUUCUCUCACCAAAAAUUAUGACAUUGAAAAAAAAAAUUCUAAUGUUAAACUAACUCUUAUGUGUCUGUUUUAGACGAAUCUCCCAAAGAACAUAAAUUCCAGGUGAUCUACGAAACAAAAGUUACUCAACUGCACCGGCAUUUUAUGUAGUGAAGGUUUUGUAUAAUGUUGUAAAUGAAAUUAUUCCAAAUUUAUUUUGAUCAUUAGAUCGUUAAUUGCUUUAGUUAUAUAAUUUGUAUUUUUGUAAAUUACAAAUUGCAUAAAUAAAUACACCAAAGGUUUCUCUUUCAUAAAUAGAACAAUUUUAUGGAUCUGACUAUGAUAUUGUUCUUGACAUAUCACUUUCAACAUAAUCAUGACGAUGCAUUUAAAUAGAAAAGAAAAUGAAAAUAAAUAUCAAUUAAAUGCAUUUUCAUUUCUUCGUGUUAACCGAAUUUGAUAAAAUAUCAUCCUUUAAGCUAUCAGAUAUGAUAAAAACAAUCACUUAUCUACAAAUAAACUUACAGUUUCAUAUAUGCUCAUAUCAAUUGCAACUCAUCUACAUGUGAUCUAUCUAUUGCAUAUUCUAAAAAAAAGCUAAAGCAUUUGCCAACAUAUGGUUUAAUAUUAAAGCAUUACAUUUUAAUUCCAGCAAAAAAUUUUGUCCCUUGAAAACAAUACAUCAGUUUUUUAAUGACUUUUUUGCUCCACUAAGUGACAAAAUACAUUAAGUAUAAAAUCUGGUCAAUUACAAAUAAAAUAUUUGAAGCUUUAGUUUCUUUAUUAGAAUUAGUUUUGAAAAAAAAAAUAUCAUUUGAACUAUGAAGGUGAUAUGUUUUGGAUAUAAUUUGAAAAAACAAGAGUUUAAUAUUGAUUAUAAAAAGUAAUAAUUGUAAUGCAAAUCAUUAAAAGUUAAAGUAUACUACUAAAAUUAAAUUAUUACAUUAGAGUAAAAAUAUUUUUUAACAUUGUAUAGUAUUUAUGAUCGUGUAAAAAUUACUUAUACAACAAUUUUAAUAAAGAUACCGUUUUGUCUUUAAACUGAUGAUUUUUUUCAGUUGUUUUAUCUUGUCGCAAUUUUCCCUUAAAUAAUUAUUGUAUAUAAAUGUUUGUACUCUAUUGUAGAUCAUUGUCAAUGGAAAACAUAUCCGAAUGGUUAAAAUUUUUUAGAAAAAAUAAAUGUCAUUUUCUGUAUUCAUUUACUGAUGAAGAACUUUGAUUAAUAAAAUUGCAUGUUAUAA